CGUUCGGCAUUUACUACUUCAUUGGCUUGGAAGAGAGGGAACAAUGGGUCUACUCGGCAAACUUUCACAAUAUCUGGAUUAAAAUCCAGGAUUUCCACCCAGAGAGUCAAGGCCGUCCGAGCAUCGGGCCCUGGAAGAUUCUGCUUGCCUAGAGCAUAGGGGAAGAUACUAGACUGACAUUACAUUCCGCGCAGCAUCCGCGAACGACACGAUCGCCACGAUCAUCAAAUCUACACUGCGCAGUCACGAGAUGGUCAUGCGGAUUCAACGUCAUGGGACAUAUUCCUCUACGGUUUCGACAGAACUACAUCAAAGUCCUCAUUGCGAAUAAGUUGACAACAACAAAGUAUCACAUAUGCACAAGUUAUCCAAUUUGUUCAAGCAUGAUGCUCAUUUCUCUCGUCAAAACGAGUCAGGAAAAUUACAAAAGCCAUUGUCUCUAGGAUCGCCAUUCCCUUCGCAAUCAGAUCUUUUCAGAUACCGAAAACAACGUGGUGUCAACCUCGGUUCGUGGUUCGUGCUCGAACGAUGGAUAACGGAAGCACCGUUCCGCUUUGCCAAGGAACCUGCUCAGAGCGACCUCGAUGUCGCCAGAGGUUCGUACGCAAAGGAUGUCUUAGAGAGACACUGGGACAAUUGGAUCACCGAGCAAGACUGGCAGUGGAUUGCUGCUCGGGGUAUCAAUACGGUUAGGAUUCCUAUUGGCUACCACCACAUCUGUGGUGCAGAACCAUCAGUUCUUCGAGGCACAGACUUCGGAGACUUCCAGCACGUAUUCGAAGGAGCAUGGAACAGAAUCACGAGCGCAAUCGCUACGGCAAAUCGGUAUGGCCUUGGCGUACUCGUAGAUCUACAUGCUGCUCCGGGCAAGCAAAAUCGUGAUGCACACUCUGGUACAUCGUCACACGAGACCCAGUUCUUCACAAAGUCAAACAUGAAGCACACCACUGAUGUCUUGGUCGUCCUCCUUGAGCAUCUCACUCGCUUUGCUCAGUCACACGAUCCUUCGCUUCACAACCUGGUUGGCAUCGAGCUCUUGAACGAGCCAGCUCCGGGCAGCAAUAAUUCUGCAUUGGAGAAGUGGUACAUUGACACAAGUCGCGCCCUGCAUCGCAUCGACGCACAGAUUCCCAUCUACAUUGGUGACUCAUGGAUGACGGACCAGUAUGCUGGCUUCAUCGAACGUCAAGCAAACUCCAUCCCAUUCCUGGUCCUUGAUCACCAUCUUUACCGAUGUUUCACUCAGGGAGAUGGAAAGACCUCGGCCGAGCAACACGUCAACCAUCUCUCAGAUCCGAAUGCGGGCACUCCCCAGAUGUUCGCCAGAGUGUCUCAAAAGCUCGCCGGUGCCGGUGGUGCAUUAGUCGUGGGCGAAUGGUCUGGAGCACUGAACCCGGGAUCCCUUCAUGGUGUCGGAAACGAUAUCGAAGUACGCAGAAGGUUUGUUGGCGCACAGUUGGCCCUGUACGAACGUUAUUGCGCAGGAUGGUACUUCUGGACAUAUAAGAAGGAACGUUCAGGCGAUAAAGGAUGGUCUUUCAGAGAUGCCGUCGCUGCUGGCGUAUUCCCGUCGGCCACUGGGCUGAAAUGCAAGCCUGAGCUAUUUCAUAACGAUCCAGAAAGACAAGCCCGAAGGGAAACAGCCAAGGAUAAGGCAUUAGGCGAACAUAGCUCCUAUUGGUCUCAGUUUCCUGGAAAGUAUGAGCACUGGAGAUUCGGAGACGGAUUUACCUUGGGAUGGGACGAUGCGUGGAUGUUUUUCAGCUCGGUAGAGAGUCUACCGCCUUCCUCCCCUGUUCCUGAACUAGGAUUUAAGGGUCCCUGGACAAAAAGACGCCUUGAACAGCAUGUUCAAGAGAAGGGUGGGGGAAAUGCCCUUUGGGAAUUCGAACACGGGUUUUCUCAGGGCACCAUUGCGGCUUUCAAUGAUCUCCAAACUAUAAUAGGAGUUCGGCGUUAGUCUGAUUUUUGUCUUCUCCCACCAUUUCAAUAGAAUCGACAGUCGACACAUGUCCUAGUCUUUUCUCACUCUUUGCCGUACACGUCGUGGUAAAGCAUAAUGUCAUACUAUCGUACAAGAUACUAUGGAUAUACAGGGAUCGCUACGGUGAUUACGGGGCAUGGGAUUACUCUAAGAAUGAACACCUAAAUAUAAUAGGGGCAUAGAGAAAUACCAUUCCAUAGAUAACGAGAUAGAUGGUCCAAUCCCCAAACAGAAAGUCUCGU